GCCAAAACACCCGUCGCAUGUUGAUGACGCAGAUCUCGAUCGCGACAGGGGAAGUGUUCAGCCAGCUGCACUACUAUUACAUUUAACAUAACAGUUUUACUACAUACAGCUGAUGAGGACUCAAACUCAUCUGCGGAGAAUAUAUUUAGAGUGAUGGCGGAGGGGAGAGGAGCAGAUAUCGUCUCUGAGUUCCUCAGUCAGAAUCCACACCUGGUGAACUGGGUGGAAUCUUUAAGAGGACUCUGUGAGACAAAUAAACAAUGGCAUGCUAGGAGAGAGUUUGUCCUGCGCAAUAUGGAGGCCUUUCCUACAAUCCAACCUGGGACCCCAAGUCCUAGUUUAGACAGACUACUGUCUCUGUCUAUGGUUUGGGCCAACCACGUGUUUUUGGGCUGUCGAUAUCCACAGCCUGUUAUGGACAAAGUAAAUGAGAUGGCAGAAGGAAUCACUGUGAUUGAGGCCCCUGAGCGAAAGACUAGAGAUGAAAUCAUGGGAAAAACAAAAAGACCUGCAGUUUCAGCACUGGAUGCUGAUUACCAGGGUAAGAAAGCUAAACCUAAUGAUACAGAUGUUAAAGCUCAUGCGAAGAGUGUUGGGCGUCCAGCUGCCAGUGCUCUGAAAUCAGGCCCUCCUCCAGGGGCUCCCGCAGAACACCAGCCCUUUUUUAAUCGACUCUACAAGGCAGUUGCUUGGAAGCUUGUGUCUGCUGGCGGCUUUGGCCCCAACCUGGAACACUUCGAAAUCUUGCGCAGUUGUGUGGAGUCAUGCAAGGCCAGUCUAAGCUGUGUGUUCGUACCUCUCAAAGACAUUCCUGACCUGCCUGUGGUACGUACCCAAAAAGAAGGCCAGGUGUGUGAACUGCGCUGCCACAAUGUCUACAUUGGUACGGGCUACGGGCGUGAUGAUUGCGCCGCCAGGGCAAUGGCCUCUAAAGAAGCACUCAAAGUUUUUCAAGGGCAUAAAGUGACAGUGAAAGUUUGCCGCCGCAGGUUCCGAGGACGAGACGUCGACGAUUUGGUUCUGCUGGAUGAACAGUCCAGGAGCCAGGUUUUCCCUCCAGCUCUCAGCUAUCCUUUUCAGGAAGAUCAGUAAAGCUCCAUUCUGCCACAGUGAUAUAAAAGAUAUAAAGCCGUGAAGACGUUCCAAAGAUUUUCAUUUGUUCGGUUUUCAGUUAUGGUCAUUCAGAAGGACCGGUAGGUUUAUUUAGUUGUUUGUAAAAGGUAUCUAAAAAAACAAGUGCCAGUCAUUUUUGUGGCUUGUAUAAGGCUAACUCUGUUGCUUUAGAGUCUUGUUUAUGGUUUGUGGUUGUGAAGUUGAGAUGAUUUAGAUUUUCAUGUUUUUUGAGCAUCCAUAAAAUGACCUAUGAAAUAUGUUGGCAGUUUAAAAAGCUGCUAUUUUAAUUAGUAAAAAUGUCAACUUUUGUUUUAUUUAUUUCUGAAACAUUACAUUGAGAAUAUACAGUCCGCAGUUGACAGUGAUUGGAUUUGUCCAUGUCCAAUAUUCAAAAGAAUAAUAUUAAAAUAAAAGAAUAAAUCCUGAAUUAAUUCAUGAAUGUUAACAAUAUGUGUAAAUUUGAACAAUUAAUGGUUAAACUGAUUUAAGAUCGUUAACACAAUAAUAAAAAUAUAUAUCUAGAUAUCUAGAUUUCAUGACACUAUACUUUCCCCCUGCUUCACAUGUAUAUUGGACAAUUUUUAUUUAUUAAACAUUUUAACCACUUUCUUGGUCAUACACUGUGACAAAGUAUGGUAACGUUGUUGCUGUUGUUGUGGACCUUUGGGCAGAUUUUUUGAAUGUCAAAUAAAAACCGCCUUGUUGAAUGUUGAAGGCUUGUUGAAGCAGAGUUAUCAAAGUGUAAGUGUUUGGUUUAAUGUAUCUCAGUCUUAUAAACUGCUAAGUUUACUUGAGGUUUAACUGGUGUCCAGUGUUCAUACUGGGGUUCAUAUGUUCCUUCUAUCCCUCUGUUUUCUGUUUUGUAGUGACAUUUUAAAAAUAAAAAUUCUUAGUGCUCACUAUUUUCUCAAAAUAAAAUUCAUUAUGGCUCCAA